AUGCUUCCCUCCUCUCUGCCAGGUCUCCUCCCCCCUGUGCCGCAAGAUGAGUUUCAGCUGCCCUCUCUGCGUUCCUUAGAUCCGCAGCGCAAGCGCAAGGCCAAUGCUCCUCGUCUUCCAACUUUGGGCUCCCUGGGGGGCAGGGGGGGGAAGCGGAAAAGUAAGACAAGUAGGGGGCUUGUGGGAGGCAGCGGCAUCGGCGACUUGAGCAGUGGUCUGUCUAGACUCCUUCCACCGGAAGGUUCCCCACCAGGUGGAGCAGCAGCUGCUGCGGGAGGCAAGAAGGCCGUUGCUCAGCCAGCGUCCACCAAAGGCAUCCUAGAGGAGCUGCUUCAAGUGGUAAAAACAAUCGAGGAAGAGUGUCUUCUGGACCCGGAAAAGGAAGACACCGCAGAUGCGGAGCAGGACCCCUUUUGCAAAUGCAAAGGCGCGAUUCUUCAUGUUAUAGAAGAAACAAGGGACCUCAUCGAACAGCGCAGAAUUAUCUUGGAAACGAAAGGGACAACAUAUGAGUCUAUCGCGAAGAGAAGUGCCAUCAGCGACAACAUGGCGUACUUGAAAUCCAAGUUUAACGAGUUAGGCGAGAUUUACGCCCUGCAGUACAAACAAAGAAAAGCUUUGAAUCUGUCAGAAGAAGAACUGGAAAGCAGGCACCAGCAGAUCAAUUGCAUCUUGAAGGAGAUCGAGCUUGUGCACAGGCAAAGCAAACGGGGAUCAGCGGGCGAGAGGGCAGCGCUGUCUUCUGUUGGUUCUCUUCAAGGACCAUCCGUGAUGACGCUGACAGAGCUGGCAUCUCGCGGUUCUGUAAAGGAAGACUAUGGGAGCCACCCCGACGUUUCUCUCGUGCCCCAGCCUGAAGUGCUGACGGAGGAGGACAAGAUCGUGCUGGAGCGAUGGAAGGAACGUGACAAACAGUUUGAUAAGCAAAUUGCGCAGAUUGGGGAUGCCAUUGACAGGAUUGCUGAAGUUGCAGUAACUAUAGGGGCGCAGGCAGAAAUGCAAAGCCACUUGGUGGAGGAUCUGACUCAUCAGACGAACGAAGCGGCUGCAGAGCUGCAGUAUUUGGAUUCUAGGCUUAGGAAGUUCUUGAAGGAACAGAGUCCCUCGAAUUUUUGCUGCAAGUUAAUUCUUCUGCUAAUCGUCAUGCUGCUUAUCUGUUUCGUCUUUUCUACAGUGUAUGCGAGGUACAUCAAAAAGGCGUAA